UCUCGACCCAGCUGUAGAUCAGGAUGCUUGCUGCUGGGAGGUGAGAGGACUGUGAUGGAGAUAAUAGAGAGGGAGUGAAUAAGAGAGAAGACGCAAGCCACUCGAGACCGAGAGUGUUUUGGAGGGCAGCAUAGAGUAGUAUCGAGACUAGGACAUGAGCAAAAAGCAGUGCCAAUAUAAACUCCGACUAGAUUAAAUCAGAAAUGAAUUGUUUGCAAAACAGGGUUCACAUUUCAGGAGUGGAUAACUGUUCCAUAAUUAUUUUAAGAUCUAAGCUGCUCCGCACCUAAGGGCUCUGGAGGAGUUCUUCAGAAAUGGACAUCAAUCAGUUAUGGCAUGUCUGGAUGGCAGUCAGUGAAGCGGAGGAAGAGGAGGAUGUAUUAAAUGCUACACAAACGAUCCCUUAAAUUGUAAAACGUUGGAAACAAUCAGCCACAGGAUGGGGAGACGAGCAGCUGACCUGACCACUCCCGUACCAGUUUUAGGCGUCCCAGCCUUGGUGGGGGCACGUAGCUGGAGGACAACUGGAGGCGACGCAACCGGAGGAGCGCAGUUGCAAACGUGGGGUCUUCAGAGCAGCAGCGUUGGCGUGCAAACAUCCCCAGGGAUAGGCAGAGCACCUUCCGAGCGGUGCGCACAGCUCAUGUAUAAACUCCACACGCAAUCAGAUCACAGUGCCCGCACGACAAAAAGCUACAUUACCAAGGAGUACAAAGAGAUAUUACUCCUAACCAACAGUGGUAGAGAAAAUGGGACAAGGAAUGGAGACUUGAGAAGUAAAAAGGAAGUGACUUUUCAAGAACUUGUAGGAGAGACCUUAGGGGAUGUUAUGUGCAGUCAGGACAGUCACUGCACUCCUAGAACGAUCAAGUCCACCCCACAUUCUACACGAACUGCAACCAAAGUGGCUCCAAGAACAAAACCUACUGUUCGCUACGCUAACGGUAGUGUGGUUGAUUCAGAGGCCAUGGGUGGCAUUAGCCUUGAUAACGAUGAAUCCACCCCAACUCACAGAGGACACCAAAAAAGACUGCACACCCAUUACACUGAGUCGAGGAAUAUGUUGAUGUUUUCUGCUCCCAAACAUACCCGUGGAUCACCAAAUAUAUGCAACCAGUGUGGAGGCAGACGAACAGCGGAAGUUGAGAUUUUAGGGAAGAAAAUUCUCACCGCUCCUGCUUGCCAAAAAGUUACACUAUUUAAUUCGGCUCACGACUCCAGCAAGUCGCCCCGUAAUGAGACCGAUAUCCAACCAAGCAACCAUCAACUCCUUGAGAAUUCUCUUCACGGAGAAAAAGAGGCGAGCCCUCAGCGAGGGUCACAUCUUCACGAAGCACCAAGACAUGAAAUAACACGACACCCUGCAUGUCCAGUCCAUUCAGUUAAAGGACAGUUUUCUACGCAUGGACAUGACGUCGCCUCAACCGAUUCUCAGGCCAUCCACGCUAAUGCAAUCACUAUCACUAAAGCCAAAAUUGAAACAAGAAAGGAUUAUCCUUUAGACACUUUAACAAAUAUGCCUCUUGACAAUGAAAUUCCCCAAAAAACGGGAAGUCUCCCAUCGACUCCUCUUAUGGCCACAGCUACUAAAUCAAACUCCCCGCACACACAGACUCCUUUUAAAUACCAACAUAAGGCCCUGCAAAAAGUUUGUGUAUCUGUACAUGCCGCACAAGAAAACACUCCAUCUCAUUUGUACACAACAUGCAAAGGAAACGCAUCAGCUUGCAUCCCCGAAACCGUCCAAACAUUGAAUAAUGCACUCAUGUCCGCAAAACCUACACCGAGCAACACAGUGUUUCUGCACCACGGAACACAGAACUCGACGCAUUCAGCACAACAAAUAAAAACAAAAAAUGACUCACUAUCACAUAAAUAUUCCAGCAGAUUAUCAGAGCCCUUGAAAUCCAAUUCAUUUGAUGUAGUUGAGACACUGCAAGAAAAAUUAAGCUCGUGCAGCAAUGUGGUUGUCAAACAUAGUGUUAAUUUCAAAGAAAAUACAAAUUCAAGUGACAAGCAUGAUCCUAAACCUUUAGAUGCCCCGAAACGUCCAGUGUCCUCACAUUCUGAAUUAACACAUUGCGGAAACACAACAUCUCUAAAUGCAUCUUGCGCAAUCCUUGAUUCUAAAUUGGGGAUGUCAGCUCCCAUCUCCACAGCUACUAAUUAUGCUUUGUACAGAAACACAGCCCUGAGGACCUCUUCAAAUAUUCACCCUUCAUCCACUUUAAAACUAACCCAAAAGAACGCGAGCGUGUCCUUUAAUUCCUUACUUAAAACAAGCAAUGUGUCACACGAACACAACAAAUCAAUUAAUCCUCAUACAUUUCCCUCUGCUAACAAAUUCAAGCCUUGCCAAACACAAAGCGACAUCACAUCUGAACCCACUUACGAACUUGUUGUUCCAAAUCAGAGACACGUAACUCCGACUGCACUGCUGUCAAAAGUGCCCAAAAACGGUUUUGUGUCAAAUGUGACACAAACCAUUCCAAACAGAACCAACAAUUCAAGCAAGACUAGUGAAUUGGGUAGUAACCAAAAGCUAUUGCGUGGCGAUCUAAUCAACGAUAUACUGUGUAAUGUGUCAAAAGAACAUUCAGUUCCAUCGCAAGACACAACUCUUCAAAACAACAUUUGUCCAAUUAAGUCAAACGGUUCUUGUCUGCAGGGUCGCAUGAACGCAAAACAACAAGCGGGUGAACAAAAUCAAGGAAGCACGGUAGUAGAUCACGAGGGACAGUGUGCUACAUGCCCAGCAGCCCAGCAGCAACAGCAGAUGGAUUCAAAUACAGAAAAGUUUGCCUUGAGCAUGUCACCCAUGCAUGCAAACAGUACGGCUGACUCAAAUGCAGAUAAACAGACGCGUCCAAAUUAUCCAACAACCUCUGUCACUGCAAAAGGAGAGCCCAUUAUCUCAACACUGGCAAACAGAAAUGUACAUUAUGAUCUCGAGCGCAUGCAGCGGCUCGAGUCCAAUAAAGCUGCACCGUUUCAACAAUCUCUCCAAGGCCCAAAUUUGUCUCUAAUUGCACCAGCCCAAUGCUGCAGUGAGGGAGAAUUUUGUACGCCUUGCAAUUGGGCAUCCCUCCGACGCCUCGGGUCCAGUGAGGCUGAGGCAAUAGUCAGCCGAGAUGCAAAAUUUGGCUCCAAGCAGGACACAGCGGACUUGAUCCUGGCCCAUUGCCACCCUCAUGAAGCAGCAACGCUGUUUCUGCAUUCUUCCCCUCAGUGCUGUAAAUCAGCAAGCAUACAGCAUAAGCUUGAAAGUGUGGAGGCCAGUCUGGCAGCCAACAAGGACAGAAUCACUACUCUGCUGAACAUCAUCCAUGACCUGGAGGCCGGACACAAUCCUUCCACUGGUCAACAAUGCUACAAAACGGGACAGGACCUCAAAAACUGUUCCACCUGCCAAAACACGGCUUGUAUUGUUUACAGUGUGGAGUUUGACUUCAGACAGCAGGAAAGGAGGUUCUUGGAGGUUCUUAAUCUACACUCAACAAGGAGAAAUAAAGCUGCCCAUGUUUCCCAAUCUUGUGCACUGAACUUCAAUUUGCUCAGAAAAGCUGUGAAGAAUUUGAAGAAGUCAAAGAAGAAAAGCAAAAAGCUCUACAAAAUUCUCUUAAAGUGGCUGCCCAGGAAAUAGCAGCAAGUUUAGGAAUCCAAAUCCAAACGGUUUGGUAAUGGACAAAAAAUUUACAGAACUUUCAUCUUUUUCACUGAAGAGUGGAAGAAUCAUCCACCCAUUAUUCCUCUGUUAUGU